UCGGAAACAAGAAAACCACAACCGGAGUCCUCUAGAUCAGUAGCACGAAGGGGGUGGGGAAGUCUCGGGUACAGGCAGUAGUACCACGAUCAGACUACUCCUGCAGCAGGAAGUACUUUUAUCAAGACGAAGAAAAUAUAGGUGGAACGAGCAAUGGAGACCGCAACGAGCAACACAGGAGGUGGAAGCGCGUUCGCCAGCGAUAGUUCUACAAACCUGGCAACCGUGAUCAAAGGCCUCAAGAAAUUCGACGGAAAGGAGCCAGCUGAGUUCAAGACAUGGAUGAAGAAAUUCUGCGUGGUGUUAGGAGUGACCAGAAAGGACAUCCUGUCACUGCUAAAGAAAAAAGGAAGCCAGAUCCCGCAGACACAGCGGCCUUCGACUCCUACACAAGGGCAAACGAAGAUCUCUACGCCAUUCUUUUCCUCCUAGUGGAACUUCCAGCCGCCUUGUCGAUACAGAAGCACGAAGACGACACUGGCAUCAGCGGCGACGGACAAGCUGCCUUCGAGGAGCUCUGCAACAACUAUGACAGGGUAACGGACGAGGUCAUCAGGGCCAAGAUGGAGGAGCUGGAGAACAACCCCAUGAACCCUGGUGAAAAUCCCGACGACUACUUCAACCAGAAGCACCUAAUUCGCGCCCAGCUGGAUAAGAUGGGAGAACCCAUCUCCGACCGCCGCUGCAAGGACAUCUGGGUACAGGGCUUCUCCGACGAAUAUAGGGACGUCAAACUGAUGGUGUUCAGGGACCCAACCUUCAACGCCCUGGGCAUGCAAUCCACCAUUCGCAACACUUCUUGGACGAACGAACAAUCGCGCAAGGGAUGGAAGGGACGCAUAGCUGGUCGAGGAUUUGCCAUGGCAACGACCGCGUCUGACAUCAUCUGCCACAGCUGCUACGAGCCGGGGCACAUCAGGAGGAACUGCCCCAAGAUCAAGAACAGGGCGAAGAAGAAAACGAAGCCCGCCGGAGCUACCAAGUGGUGCUGCAAGCACAACACCACGUCUCACUCGGAUGAGGAAUGCUACCAACAAGGAGGAAAGCGCCCGGAAGACACCAAGGACUCAAGUAAAGCAUUCACCGCGUGCUCCGACUGCACUCACUGCUCGUCGGCGCCCAACAAGAACGACUCAAACAAUGAAGUGGCAGUUGCCGACUUCACCCGGGACGAAGACGCCUUCGACAGCGGCUUCAUGUUCGGCACGUGUUCCCGCAUCUCAGAACGCAACUUCGCCGCGAGCUCCACCGGGAGCAUUCUGCUGGUAGAUACGGGAGCAUCGGAGACCAUGUUUGACAAUCGCCUCAUCCCCGACGGAAACCUUCACGAUUACACCCAGCGAAACUCUCCAAAGAUCGUCGACGUGGCCGGAGAAAGCCUGUUCGUGAUAGUUGCUGCUGUGUGUGUCGACAGAGUGACAUAGAACAACUUGAUCGGACAGUUUGCAUUGCUCGACUGUCUGCGUUGAAGAUCGUUGAGUAGCCACAUAUUAUCAGCACAGCAAGGAACGUUCUGUGGGAAUGUUCUUCGUGGAUGGUGCAUUACCCCGAGUGUGUUGCUUGUGGAAAGUGCAUCAGUCAGGGGAUUCAUGGUACGUUGUGGAGUACGUUAGCCCCUGUCUGUUGAGUCUUUGUGUUCCGAUAUCAUUGUGUUCUGCUUUUGUGCGUUGGUCGAGCGACACGUGGGUGGUGGCUGCGGUGGUGCGGUGCUGUGGUGCUCCCCACCCUUGCUCACUUCACCAUUUGACCUGUCCUCCUGGUCCAAGGUCUCAACAGUACAACAUAUCUUCCCCAGAAGCCACGAGUUUACCAACACGCUAUAGCGAACCAGUCGACUGCCGCUUGUCCCCUCGGACUGUGCGUCAAGACUGAACGGAGGAAGAUUGAUCACCUUGCUUCGUGAUGACCGGGCCUGCUGGGGAUCAUGUGGAUGGCCCAUCUCCGGGUGAUUCGCAAGGAUGUUAUUGGUGGUGAGAGAUUGGAUUCGAUUGAGACACAGUUGUCGCAGCUCACGAGAAUAAUCAAGUCGCUUGUUGGGCAACGAGGUGAUCAGGUGGAGUCUGUUCCAGUAGCUGCUGCAGCAUCCGGAGGCGGCGGAACAGAGUACGCUGGUGCACAUCAAUCGGAUGCCACUGGCAGGACUGCGGGAGGACUGCGGGAGGUACGGACAGUAGUGCCCAAGGCCUUGGCAUGUCCAGCGUGAGAGUUGGGAGUAGUAGUGUUGCAAACACAGGCUUGAAUCCUCACGAUACUGCUGUUAACCGUUCCUCUGCUGGUGUCACAAGCUUUGGUUCGGUUGGGAUGGGAAGUAGGGCUAUUGGUAGUCAGUCUUUCAUUCCAAGAAUAGGUAGUGGGGCUUUCAGUAGCCAGUCUUCUAUUCCACCCACACCUAGACUACUGCUUCGAGUAGGUGGUGGUAAAAUCUCGCCAGUGGAACCACAUUGAUUCCUAGGGCCGGCAUUUCAGACACAGGAGAGAAGUUGGGUAGGAGCCCUUUUAUUAAAGUUCCCAUAGCUCCUGUUGUUUUGAUGAGACUGUGAUGUUGUCUCGUAUCCGUUGUGGUCAAAACAUUUUCUGCUGGGUGCCUUUGAAACCGGCUUACUGUAGGUAGCAACGACCGUCUAAGCUGCUGCCGAAGGGUGAGGCUUGCUU